AUGACAGACACGAGUAUCAAGACAGGCAAUCGUCAUAAUAAUAAAGGCGAUGGAAUAAAAAACAGGAAGCCUGUGCCAGAUGUCAACAGCAACACUCGAUAUCCAUCUGAGCCAUUCCAACGCUCAGCUCAACUGAAUUCCAAAGAUGCAACCACGCCAGGAACUCAGAUUAGACAGCUUGUUGUGCUGUUGAUAGUGUUGUUAGGCACUCAUGCUGCUGGUUUAUUUUUGUUCAAGGAGGGAUACUUGCUAACUAGACUGGAGUUGGAGCAGACAAGUACAUGCCAAUCUCAUUCACCCUGGACUGCUAGAUCAUGCUGGCCUAAACCCAGAUACGAACGAGCAUUGUUGAUCCUCAUCGAUGCUUUACGGUUCGACUUUAUCGCUUACGAUGAAUCUCUCAAACCAUCAGAAACUCCACAUUAUAUCAACAAGAUGCCAACUAUUCAUCAUUUACUCAAGACACAACCUACACAUGCACUGCUGUUUCGUGGUUUGGCUGAUCCGCCCACCACGACAUUGCAACGACUCAUGGCACUCAUGACAGGUGCGUUACCCACUCUCGUGGAUGCUGGAAGUAAUUUUGCCAGCACUGCUAUCAAGGAGGACAACUUUAUUCGCCAUUUGCAAGCGUAUGCCGCUCAAGGAAUACUGAAUAAGACUGUGAUGACUAUGGGUGACGAUACUUGGGAGGGUUUGUUUCCAAACAUGCUGAACGAAACCUUUUCGUAUCCGUCAUUCGAUGUAUGGGAUCUACACACUGUAGAUCUGGCUGUUAAACGGCAUCUGUUUCCUAUUUUAGAUGCUACAAUGAAAGCUAAUUCCAAUUCCAAAUCCAAGGCUCAAGAUUGGAAAUCAGAUGAUCACGAUAAAUGGACAUCUUGGGGGCUUUUGAUUGCACAUUUUCUUGGUGUUGACCAUGCUGGGCAUCGGUAUGGUCCUGGUCAUCCAGCCAUGGGCGACAAGCUUGUAGAAAUGGAUCAAAUGCUCCAGCGUGUAAUCGAUAUUGUAGAUGAAAACACGCUUGUUAUUGUCAUGGGCGACCACGGAAUGGACAACAAGGGUGAUCACGGUGGUGACAGUGAUAACGAACUUGAUGCAGCUAUGUUUUUAUACAGCAAAGUCCCAUUAAUGGAUGCAGACGGUGGCGAUACAAGUUCUAGUGAUGACAAAACCGGACACCGAUGUAUUUCCCAAAUCGAUUUUGUCUCGACUGUUUCUAUGCUUAUGGGUGUUCCUAUUCCAUUUGGAAACCUUGGAACUGUUAUCCCAGAAGUAUUUUUCUGGAAACAUUUAUUGGCAGUCAUGCGUGCCAAUGCUCAACAGAUCCAUGCAUAUAUUGCAGCGUAUGGAGAAAGGCGCAAGGACGCACAGACUUCAUUUGCUGACACCUUGCAUAUGUUUACCAAAGCCGAAUCUCUAUUUUCAGAUCUUUCUACCUUUCAAGACAUGUCUAAAAAUCCGAAAGAAUAUCAGCAGAACUUGAUUGCAUGUUAUGUGGCAUAUACCAAGUAUACACGUUCUACCUUGAUUAUUGCACGAAAGAUCUGGUCCCGGUUUGAAUCGGUAUUGAUGAUUAUGGGCGUGGUUAUCAUUUUGAUGAGCAUUUUAACAACCUGCGCUCUUGUGGCUCAAUUGAUUGGAUGUAAUUUUAGCGGAGAUGUAUUUGUGGCCAUUAAGCUUGGAAAACUAUUUGGAAGUUUUAUUGUUUUUGGGCUGAUUGGUUUUGGUAGUUUUAUUCGAGCUGCAACGCAUCCAGAAGAAGAUCCAAUGACUUUAAUUAUUCAUCGUGGCCAUGAGAUUUUGUUUUUUGGAAUGAUUGGACUGAUUGUUUCGUUGGCUUGGCAAAUAUAUCAUCUGCCAGUAUCCCAAACAGUUGCUUUAGCAGACUCGAGCAAGAAACAAUUUUCCAAACUUGGUUUGCAUAGCAAUAGUGGUAUCUUGUCUAAUCAACUUGUACCUGGUAUAGUCGCAAUAGUAUUAUGUAUUAUGUAUGCUGGGUGUGCUGGAUCUGAUAGCUUUACCAUUUUUGAGGACCAUGUUUUGCUUCAUUUUCUGCAGUUUUACUCAAUCACAAGUACACUAUGGAUACUAGUAUCUCAAAAAAUUGACUGUUCCACCAGACGCCUGCUUGUUAUUCGAUCCUUUGUAGGAUUUGUGCUUAUAAGAGCUAUUCAUGGAUCUACCAUAUGUCGGCCAGACCAAGGUCCAUUCUGUGUCCCUACAUUCAAUGCAUCUUCUACAUCAUCCAUCACUGCUUAUCAUACACCAAUCAUACUUUUUGGUGUAGUUAUUGCAGUAAUCUGGGUAUUUCAAUACAUACUUGAGCGAGAACGCGCCGCUGUCAAUGGUUCAUCUACUGGUCUUGCAGCGGAUAGUAUAUACUCAUUGUCCUAUAUUUACUGGCUUUUUGAUACAAUUGAAGCACACAAUUCAUUCAUACAUCCUGCAAUGCAAUCGGUUAAAUAUUAUAUAGCCGGUGCUUUUUGGUGUACAAUUCCUCUAUCGCUAUGGUACAUUUGUAUUUGGCCAUGGAUUACAUCUAGAUCUUUUCAUGCUCCUACUUUGUCAAAAGGUGAUUUUACAAACACUGCAUCAGAAAAUGCUGUCAAUCGCGAUCAACCAACACAGCAGUCACUCACCAAUGCAUCAGGACAAUUAUAUCUGUGCUUUGCUGCCUUUGUAUACGUCCACCUUGGAUUCUUUCAAAAACCAAUGGGUGGAGUAGUUUUUGGACUUGGGUUUGUACAAAUUCUAUGUUUGGCAGACACUACUGCAGUUUGGCGCUAUGCUGAACAAGUUCAGCUCAAGCGUGCGCCGGUAAAACCUAAACUCGACGCGGAUCUGUUUUUUUCUACCGGUCAUCAAAACGCUCUACCAACGAUACAAUACGAAGUAGGAUUUGUUGGUCUUUCAAAAGUGAAUUGGAUUUUAUCUCCUUUUUUCAUUGGGCUAAACACGUUUGGUGGGUCUAUUUUGUCUGCAGCCUCUGUUCCAUUAUUUGUUUUGUUAGGACAGCAUACCAAGGAUGCGUCACUUGAAAAACGACAGUUUACUUUGAAGCGAAUAGCAUUUCAGCUUGUAUUUGUAACCGUGGUUUAUUUUGGAGUCAUGUCAGCUCUCGAGUUGGCAAGUGCAACGGCAUUUGCUGGAUGGUUCCAGAAGCAUUCUCAGGCGUGGCGAGUGUGGGGACCCAAAUUUAUAUUUUUUUCUAUGAGCCAUGUUGGUGCAUGUGUGAUGGGUAUUUUAGGAUUGAUUUAUAUUUCAUAUAUAGGACUAAUAAAUUAG